AUGGAUUAUGGAUUGGUAAAGAAGCUACACCUUAACAACCUGCUGAAAAUCCUUUAUAUCCUCCCAGCAGUAGCUUAUGGUCAGCUUUACCCUUUGGAAGAUGCAGAAUAUGAUGAGCAAAUGGUCAAAGGGGUGUAUAACCGCUCAGUGAGGCUGGCAUGUGGUGACAUUGUGCAGCCGAUGGUUGUUUUCUGGAGUUUCACCAAACCGGGUUCCCUCAUUCCCAGAGCCGUGGCCAUCAGCAAUGGCCUUGAGUCCAGGGUGGAGAAGGCCUCUGCCAUUCUGGGGGAAGUCAGUUUGAAGAACUGCACUUUAGAGAUUAAGAAACUGCAACAAGCUGCUGAAGGACAUUUCAUGUGCCAAGCAAUGUACGAAGUAGAUGGAGAGAUCAAAGUGGCUUAUUUCUACCUUGAGCUUCUCGUUUUGGUCCCAGUUCCCAAGCCCUUUCUGCAGAUAAACAAUUCAACACCCGUGGAAGGCAUGCUGGUUGUGAUGAUCUGCACAGUGAAAGAAGGGACACCUCCUAUUGCUUAUUCUUGGCAGCGCUACACUAACCGAGAUGGCACGGUAGUUCUUGCCGAAGCAGUGACACCUCUCUUAAACUUGACCUCAGCAAACCGGACAUACAUGGGUUGGUACACUUGCACAGCUCACAAUGAGGUCAACAGUCAAACCAGCAAUGGGAUGUACCUUGACGUUAUCUAUGGUCCAGAUGAGCCAGUGAUCAACAUAGAGCCAUUUGCAAUUAACCAACAUGGCUUCUCAGCCAAUGAACAAGAAGAAGUGAUCAUGACAUGUCUAGCUCCUUCCAAUCCUCCCAGCCACUACAUUUGGUUCUACAACAGCUCUCAAGUCUACUCCGGACAGAAGUAUGUGAUUGCCAGAAUCUCACGGACUCAAACAGGCAUCUAUACUUGCUUAGCCCAGAAUAUGCAUCUGAAUACUCGGACCCAGGCAACUAUUAUCUUGACUGUCUAUUUCCUCGUUGCUGUUGAUAUGAUGUUUACCCUGUGCACAGAUCUGCCCAAGGGACAGCUCAACUGCAUGUCGCUACCUGCCUCCAAUUUCCAAGACCUUGCUCUGCAUUGUUUAUGGCCAGGGGGAUUCCCUUCAGUGCGCUUGCGGUGGGCAAAAUCGAGGGCAGAAGAAACCGACAUGGGAAGCUUCUCCAGAGCUAUUCAAAUCCAUCAGGGUGCAGAUGUUCCCAAUGGGACUUCUUAUAUCUGCCUGGCUUCCCAUCCAGCCCUGCGAAAGGAUGCCAUUUGCAGGACCACUGUCUGGGUUCCAAAACGGAGCCUGACCUGCAGUGUCAUAGCGACCAAACUGAAUGAAUUCCUCAUGUUGACCUGUGACUGGCCAGGGGGAAAUCCUCAGGUGACACUCUGGUGGAGAGACUGGAGGCAUCAUGUGCUGGGAGGCAUGAAACCAUCACACAAUGUUUUUAUCAUGAAGCCCAACACCACCCUUGGAGGCAAGGCGUUCACCUGCAUGGCAGCUCACCCUCUGUGGGCAAGAACUGCUGAGUGCCAUGUCCGGCUGGAACCCCCCAAGCUUAUGGUGGAACGGUCCAAGGUGUCAUUGUUUGAAGGCAGUGAGGUCCAGUUGGCCUGCUUCCUCCAAGGUGCUUAUUUGGGCUCUGAAGUCUUGUGGUACAACAAUAAGAACCAGCCUAUUACAGCAAACACUAGGAAAUACCAUCUUCAGCAGGAGAAUACUUGGUUUAAUUUGACCCUCCAGGACAUAGAAUGGAUACGGGAUAGCGGCAUUUACCGAUGUGCUGCUAUUAAUGCUGUGGGCAAUGACUCUGCCACAAUCAGCCUCCAGGUAAAAAAAUACCCCAACCCACCCAAUGUGACAAUCAGCAGACUGAUGUACACUCGCCCCCGUACAGAGGUGGAACUGGAAUGGGAAACUCGAGGCUCAGGAAACCUGACUGGCUUUGUAGUCCAGAGGAGAGAAGCAAAAAAGACCGGCCCAAAGCAGAUGACCAGCAGCUGGGAAACAGUGGCCAAUAACAUUGACCCCGAUGUCCGUGGCCGAAAGCUGGGUGGUCUGGAUCCCGCAGUGGUGUAUGCUUUUCGGAUCCUUGCUGUUAACCAUCGUACCACUGGGUAUCCCUCUGAAGUGAAGACCCCAGCUGACCCUCCUUUCAAUGCAUAUCCUGUAGUGAUCGGUGCUGCUAUGGCAGGAAUGAUUGUGGCCACAGUCAUCUCUCUCCUAGUUUUUCAAUACAUCAUUCGGAACCGGGAGAAUAAUCCAAGGUUACAUGACCUGCUCUUCAGAAUGGCUGGAGCUGAAACUCGUGAACAAAUCAGGACUCCAGAGGAUGCUGAGAUGCCAACAGGGAUUAGUGAUGCAGCCAAUGAGCAAGUUGAAGAAGCGAGCGAGCAGGUGGGAGAGACUUCCACAACAACUGGAGAAACACCAGCAGAAGCAAUUCAAGAGGAAGCUGUGGUGACCUCAGAGGAUCCAUCAAGGGCCCAGGAAGGUGUGCCAGCCCCCAGUCCGCCUCCUGAGGAUCCAGUUAAUGUUACAAUCACAGUGACAGCCACCCCAUGA